GGAAAGGCGGGGGGAGUGGUACCCCGCGCCCGGGGACGGGCGCGCACGCGCACUGCCGCCCCUCCCGGGGGGUCGCAGACAGGAGGGCGAGCGAGAAGGAGCGCGCGGGGGGCGGGGGCGCGCGCCUUGGGAACGGGCGUCGGGGGCGCGCCGUCCCCUCAGGGCGCCUCCCUCCCGUCGUCCGCCGCCAUGUUGGCGGGCGGGAGGGCGGCGGAGGCAGGCGGAGGCACCCUGGCCGCUGGAGCCACGGCAGGUCAGAGUUUCCGGUUUCUUCUGUAUCUUCCAAGGGGGGAGGAAAUGACUCUAGCAGAACUCACUCCGAGUCGGCUGCGCGUGCCGUGUCUUCGUAUCCCAGAGACUCGCAAAGGGGAAAAAUCAUUGACCGUUCCCUGAGGGGUUUGUUUGUUUUGUUUUGGACUCUGGUUUAGAAGGGGGGAAACAUGACCACUUCAUUGAUCAGGCGGCAGAUGAAAAACAUUGUGAACAAUUAUUCCGAGGCUGAAAUAAAAGUCAGGGAAGCGACUUCCAACGACCCCUGGGGCCCGUCCAGCUCCCUGAUGACCGAAAUAGCUGACCUGACGUACAACGUGGUGGCCUUCUCUGAAAUCAUGAGCAUGAUCUGGAAGCGGCUGAACGACCACGGCAAAAACUGGAGGCACGUUUACAAGGCCUUAACCUUGUUGGAUUACCUGAUUAAGACUGGGUCGGAACGGGUGGCCCAGCAGUGCAAAGAGAACCUCUUUGCCGUCCAGACGCUGAAGGAUUUUCAGUACGUUGACCGAGACGGCAAGGACCAGGGCAUCAAUGUGCGGGAGAAGUCCAAGCAGCUGGUCUCUCUCCUGAAAGAUGAUGAGCGGCUCAAGACGGAGAGGGCCCAAGCCCUGAAAACCAAAGAGAGGAUGGCCCAGGUUGCCACUGGGCUCGGGAAUAACCAGAUCACCUUCGGCAGAGGUUCCAGCCAGCCGAACCUGUCCACCAGCUACUCGGAGCAAGAAUACGGCAAAUCCGGAGGUUCGCCAGCUUCUUACCAUGGAUCCACAUCGCCUCGAGUGUCUUCUGAACUGGAGCAGGCCCGGCCACAGACGAGCGGGGAGGAAGAACUGCAGCUGCAGCUUGCCCUAGCCAUGAGCAGAGAGGUUGCGGAGCAGGAGGAGCGCCUUCGGCGUGGUGAUGACCUGAGAUUGCAGAUGGCAUUGGAGGAAAGUCGCAGAGAUACAGUAAAAAAACCCAAAAAGAAAGAGCAUACAACUCUGUUGGAUCUCAUGGACGCCCUGCCCUCUUCGGCCCCAGCCCCCCAGAAAGCACAGCCAUGGGGGCCAGCAACCGAAACAAACCAAACAGACCCCUGGGGGGGCCCUGCAGCCAGCAAUGCCUCCUCAGACCCAUGGCAAUCAUUUGGUGCCAAACCAGCUGCCUCUGUUGACCCCUGGGGAUCUUCCGCAGACGCUCCCCCGGCCCUCUCGAAGAAUGUAGACCCCUGGGCUUCCUCCCAGCCGCCCUCUGUGGCAGCCAAAGCCGCUGCUGACCCCUGGGGGCCCACCUCUACGAACAAGCCAAUUUCUGCUUCUGGAAGCAAAUCUUUUGACCUCUUCAGCAGUUUGAACGGGACAGGUAAAGAUGACUUCUCCGACUUUGACAGCCUUCGGACAUCUAAAAAGCAAGCCAAUUCGGUUUCCAGUUUGUCAGCACAGAACAGCGGAACCACCAGCCCGGACCUCUUUGAGUCUCAGCCUUCAAACCCAGUGCCUGGUAAACAGAACGCAGCGCGGAAAACCCCGGAGUCUUUCUUGGGCCCCAACGCCGCCCUGGUCAAUCUGGACUCGUUGAUAUCGAAGCCUCCGCAACCCACCCCUUUGCUGAACCCGUUCUUGGCUCCAGGGACGGCUUCUGCAUCUGCUGCUGCUGCUCCAAUCAACCCUUUCCAAGUGAACCAAUCUCAGCCUCUCACUCUCAAUCAGAUGCGGUCGAGCCCUGUCCUGGGCACCAGCCCGUCCUUUCACACCGUGCCAGCUGUGGGCAUCGAGCCCCUGCCUCUCUCUGCCGUGGCGCCCGCGGGGGCAGCCCCCUUGAACACGAUGGUGUCCCUCACCAGGAUGGGCCCAGGGAUGAGCGUAGGCAUCGUGGGGCCUCCUCUUCACAGUACUGGAAUUGGCCCGUCUGCCUCGCAGCCCGCAAACACGACUAACCCUUUCCUCCUAUAAAAGCCUGGCGUGCGGAAUUUAAGUUGGCUACGUGGCGCGCGGAACAGGAGCAGGGUGCCCCGGACUUGCUUGGACGGAGCCGGUGUGCUCAAGAGACCUUUGUUAGGGGUGGGGAUAGAUGUGCGGUUUACAGUCUUGGAUGAGUGUUCUGUUUCUCUCUACUCACCUAUUUAAUAUAAGCUUUUCGCUGCAGACAGCGGUACUUACUUUUGGGUUGCGGGAGAAUUGCGUAAAACGUCCGGACUUCUGCCACCAAAGUUAGAUUCCUUCUCUCUUUCUCUACAACCCCCCCUCCCCCGCAAUCAUUUCAAUAUUAUAGGAAGGCCCUUGCUGUUUUAAAGUCUUCCCCCCCUCCCCACUCUUGUUUGUUAUGUUUUGUAGACAGUAUCUUCAGCCAGCCCUGAAGUGCGCUGUGAUGCAAGUCCGUCAGCCGCCUGAUUCAGGAAGGAUAGAUCUCAGACCUAAAGUGCUAGUGAUACCUCAUUUGCACAAAACUCUGUACUGUUUUACAGUGGCGUAUCUGCCAGAGGAACAUGGGGGUCCAUUGACCCAAGGUGCCCCCAUUAGAUCAUGUAGGUACCCCUUGGCUCAGCCCCACCAGGUUGCCCGGGACCGCUGACCGGCUAAAAAAAGAGUAAGCUGGGAGGUA